AUGGCCGAAGUCGACAGUAACCAGAAAGCUCACCCAGAUGAGUUGAACCAUGUUUUUGAAGUAGGCGCGACCACCACUGAGUAUAAGCGGCAUCCAGCGUAUUCCCACAGAGAAUGGCUUUUGGAAUCGAUUAGUUCGAUUCUGGCUUUGGGCGUCCUCAUUGGCAUUGCCUUGAUCUUCUGGUAUAUGGACAACAAGCCUCUCUCUGCCUGGCGCGGCCGCGUCUCUCUCAACGCAACAAUUUCCAUCCUGACAACGGCAUACACUACGGCGUUGAUGCAUGGGGUAAGCACAUUUAUUGCACAGUCAAAAUGGCUUCACUUCAGGAACGGGCCUCGCAAACUUGCGGACUUGGAAAAAUUCGAUGGAGCGAGUCGUGGUGUUGGCGGAUCUAUUCUUCUGCUUACCACCGUCAAGUGGAAUCUUGCCACCAUCGGCGCAUUUAUCACGAUCCUGCGACUUGCUUUCUCGCCAUUCGCACAACAGGUGGUUCUGAUUGAGCAGCGAGAUAUCAUCUCUUCUGCCAACACUGUCACCUUCGGAUAUGCGCAUAAUUACACACGGAGCAUACUAAAUAUUGACACGUUCAACUCUGACAUCGAGAGCACCCCGCAGGAUCCCCAUAUGCAGUCUACCAUCAUUCAGGGCAUUUAUGGCAUCAACACUGCAGAACCUUUCCACUGCCCCGGGGCAUGUCGUUGGACUGAAUCAUAUAUAUCACUUGGGUUCAAGUCUGAGUGUAGGAAUGUCACCCAGGAAACAUUGCAAACGGCAACCUGUGAGGGCAGCGAAUAUUCCUCACAACAAUGCAACAUGACAACACCAGGCGGAAUUGACCUUGCAACUCGCUUUUGGUUCAGCGAUUUGGGGACAACAUAUUACCUGAAUGCAUCGUCACUAUUGGUAAACACAUCAAUAUCGUCAAUAUCAUCAUCGAAUGCAUUCCCAGAUACCUUUCCCGAAAUCACGCGAUUCGCAAUUUAUAGAUCGACACCUGACAGCAAUUUUCUGAUGCAUGACAUCAACAUCACCGACUGUUCUCUCUUCAUCACGGCCUAUGAGUACACAGGUGCUAAAGCAAAUGGUAGUGAUUUCUCCUUUGCAAGUAGGAGGGAGGUCGAUUUCGGCGUGAAGAAUCCCUGGACGAUCGAGACCGGAACAAAAGACAUUAAAUUCAAGCGCAUAUACACUAAUCAGUCGACAAGUAGUGAUAUCCAUAUUCCUGCACUUGAAAUGGGAUAUUCUAGUCUUACCGCAGUGGAAACCUUUUUCGAGUCCACGUCAAUAGUUACCGAGUGGGUCUCAGGGAACUUUAUCAACCCGAACCUCGGUGUCGCCGCUGCUCUAUCUGGCGAUGUGGAUAUUAGCGCCCGGUUUCACAAAAUGGCGAUUGCUAUGACUGACUAUCUACGGUAUGGUCCAAAUACCCAGUCUGCAUAUGGAGAGGUAGUUCAGAGCGAGCCAUUUGUUUCUAUCCGCUGGGGGUACUUUAUUGUUCCGAUCGUGACUGAAGUAUUCGCUAUUUUGUUCGCUAUCUUGAGUAUUUUUAGCAAUCGCGAGAGCCGCCGUGUUCCACUGUGGAAGUCCUCGACGCUUGCUGUGCUGGCCUGCCAGUAUGAGGAACGGCUUGGGCUACUGGAAACUACGGGCAGGGAUAUUAACGAGAUCCAGGAUGAGGCCGAGAAGGCUGAGGUACAGCUGCAAUAG